AUGCUUGGAAAACGAUUUGUGGGUCCCGUGCUGACCCCCAAGGGCGCUCGGCACUCGUCCAUCAGUGCCCUGGCGUACAAGACGCUCCACCGAAACCGAUCGCAGCCCAAGCUGCCCGUUAUCGAGACUCCAGCAUGGAACGCCAACACGGCGGUUUCUUCCAUUCUGUACGAGACCCCGAUGCCGUCCAAGGCGCCCAUCAAGGCACACGUGUUCAACUGUCUGGUUCAGAACGAACCCGGUGUUCUGUCGCGAGUUGCCGGCACUCUGGCGUCUCGAGGCUUCAACAUUGAUUCGCUGGUAGUGUGCAACACGGAGGUUGCCGAUCUGUCGCGAAUGACCAUUGUUCUGCGAGGCCAGGAUGCCGUGAUCGAGCAGGCGCGACGACAGAUUGAGGAUCUGGUGCCCGUGUGGGCAGUGCUGGACUACUCCAACGCCUCGAUCAUCAAGCGAGAGCUGCUGCUGGCCCGAGUGUCGAUUCUGGGCCCCGAGUACUUCCAGGAUCUGCUGACCCACCACGGCCACGAGUUUGAGGACGCCGUGCUGCAGAACGACUUCCACCCCAACAACAUUGCCGCCUCCGAGGCUCUGCGACACAAGCACCAGUACCUGGACGCCGUGACCAAGCUGGCCCACCAGUUUGGCGGCAAGAUUCUCGACAUUUCUGAGCGAAACGUCAUUGUCGAGCUCUCGGCCAAGCCCGAGCGAGUCUCCUCCUUCCUGCACCUUCUCAAGCCCUUUGGUAUUCUUGAGGUGGCCCGAUCCGGAAUGAUGGCCCUGCCCCGAACUCCUCUUGAGACCCCCGAUGAGGAGGACAUCAAGAAGGCCGAGGAGGUGGUUGACCAGACCUCUCUGCCUCCUGGUUAG